AUGCGGUCAAGUGGCAGAAACCAUUUGUCGUUGCUCGGUGACAACGGUGUUGUUGCUGUACUGAUAGCUUUACAUGCACUACCUUCGGCGGAGGGGUACAAGCAUGUCGUGUUUAUGCAUGGACUAUUUUCAGGGGCCGUGGAAUUUACUCACUUCAAUGAUCUUAUACAAAACUACCAUCCCGGGACGCCCACUACACUGGUUAACUCUUUCGCUUCAAUGGACAGUUUGACCCGAUUAACGAAACAAGUGGAGACAAUCGCAGCCCUGCUUGCACCAGUUCUCACAAACAAGUCCUCAGAUGGGACCAUUCUCAUCUGUUACUCGCAAGGCGGACUGAUCUGUCGAGGACUACUGGCCUUGGUUCAACACAACGUGGACACGUUCAUUAGUUUAAGUUCCCCACUGGCUGGACAAUAUGGAGACACGGAAUACCUCAAGGUCCUAUUUCCAAAGUACGUCAAGAAACACAUGUACAAGUUGUUUUACACAUCGAUCGGACAACAGCUAUCUAUUGCAAAUUAUUGGAAUGAUCCACACCAGCAGGCCUUGUACGAGAAGUUCUCGGAUUUCUUGGCCAUUCUCAAUAACCAGUCCAGGACGGCGAGUGCAAACAGCCAUGAGUACCGAAACAACUUUCUCAGGUUGAAGAACUUAGUUCUUGUGGGCGGUCCAGACGAUGAAGUUAUCUCCCCUUGGCAAUCCAGCCAAUUCGGCAUGUACAACACUACAGAGCGGGUUCUGCCCAUGGAACAACAAAAGUGGUACCAGAAUGAUGCCUUCGGACUAAAAAACCUAAAUGAACGGGGAGCAGUCCAUAUGCACGUUUUCCCAGGAAUCCGCCACAACAGUUGGCCUCAUGACGAAAAUGUGUUUACCACUUGCAUCAAGCCUUGGCUGACAUAG